CACUGUGAAUGGCCAAUUUCGCUACUCCGAUAUGCCAUGGUUUAUACAAUGGAUUGCUAAUCAAUAAGGUCGAUUAUUUGGCAAUGUUAAGUUUUAUUUGAUUCGUUAUCUUUCAAUACAAAAAGUUGGAGUACAUUUUAUUGUCAAAUUUGUAGCAAUUGUAUUUUUAAAUUGGAAAUGGCGGGCAUGGGUAACUUAUCGAUCGCAGAAAAGGAAGAACUGAUUGGGCAAGUCAAGCAGCAAAUUGCAGUGGCUAAUGCUCAAGAAUUGUUGACGAAAAUGACAGAGAAGUGCUUCAAAAAAUGUGUUGCUAAACCAGGUGUACAAUUGGAUUCUUCUGAACAGAAAUGUAUUUCAAUGUGCAUGGAUAGGUAUAUGGAUUCCUGGAAUUUGGUGUCACGCACUUACAGCAAUCGUUUGCAACGAGAGCAGAAUAAGAUGUAGAAGUGUGAAAAUAGUACAGUGUUUGACGAUUUGCAAAUUUUACGUGUCAUCAAUCAUGAUUUCGUUUUAUAAACAAUAUUUUAGGCAAACGUUGUUACUUUAAAAUUCUACUGAUUUGAAACAUAAUUUCUUGUUAUAUAAAUAAAUUUUACAAAUUAACA